AUGUAUAUGUUAAUGGGACCACAUGACUCAAGAACAUGUAUAAACAUGAGUGAAAAUUUCAAAGCAAAUAUCACCAGGACAUUACAGUACGAUGGCUUGGUGGACGUGAUCAUCUACAGUUCGCCAGACGACCCGAAGAAGAAGAACAGAGGGUUCGCAUUCCUGGAGUACGACAGUCACAAGAGUGCAUCCCUGGCCAAGCACAAAAUUGGCAAUGGCUGGAUGAGGGUCUGGGGCUGUGACAUCAUCGUCGAUUGGGCCGAUCCGCUCGAGGAACCCGACGAUGAGAUCAUGAAUAAGGUCAAGGUUUUGUACGUGAGAAACUUGAAAUCCAAUGUAACUGAUGAUCAGUUGAGAGCAGCAUUUGAAAAGUACGGAAAGGUCGAGAGGGUUAAGAAGGUGAAAGACUACAGUUUCGUGCACUUUGAGGAUAGGAACCAGGCUUUACAGGCCAUGGAAGAACUGCAAGGGAAGAAAAUAGGUGAUUCUGAAAUGCAGAUCUCACUGGCGAAGCCCCCAUCGGAGAACAAGCAGAAGGAGAAGAGAAGACAACAGUUCAAACAUUUGUAUGUCAACCAUGGCGAUGACGAUGUGAUGGUUAUGAUGCGAUGUUAUGAUGAUUCCUACAUACCCUCCCAAUAUUAUGGAGGUAGCAGUGGAGGGGGUGGACCGGGUGGCGUAGUUCCACUGAGAGGGAUGUCCAGGUCUGCCAGACCGCCGUUCCUCUUUAGGGGAGGCUUCAGAUCUCAUAUACCAACUGUCGACUACUACGCACGCGACUACAGAGGCGGCAGUUACACAGACGACUACGACUACUACCCAACCUACGAAGCAGAGGAUUACCUCAACUAUGCUGCCUCCUAUCCCGACGGCAGAGGGAGGGCCCUUGUCAGAGGGGGUGCCACAGGGGGCAUAACUGCGGCCGUUGCUGGUGGUGGAGCAGGGGUAGCCGCUACUUCCGGAGGACACGUUUCCGCUCCUUCUAUCAGAGGUCAUCUCCCGCUAUGGCCGAUGUAUGGACAGCCCCAACAGCCACAGUGGCCACCCGGUAGAAAUGUGCCUGGCGCUCUCCAAUGGAGUCCCACACGUCGCUGA